CAUGAAGCCAGCUAGUGCUCUUGUGCUGCUGGGCACUGCUCUCCUCCUGAUCUUGGGUGCAAAUUGUGAUAUUUGCCCGGCUGUGAAAAAGGAUGUUGAGAUUUUCAUGAAGGGUACCCUCGAAGAAUAUGUUGCAUACGUGUCAAGAUUCCAAAGUAACCCUUUAGUAUUGAACAACGCUAAAAUACUAAAGCAAUGCAUUGAUGCCAAACUGACAGAAGAGGAUAAGGAUCUGGUGCUCAGUGGGCUGGAUAAAGUAUAUGCAAGUGAUCUGUGUUGAGGGAUCCAUCUUUCCCAGGAGACCCAAGGAAGCCAUUUGCCUGAUCACUAUGUAGUCCCAGCAAUCCACCCUGUCCAGGUGCCUGACCAAAAGAUUCCAGCAAUAAAUUCCUUGCAAUGCA